AUGGGUAGAUCUCCUUGUUGUGAGAAAGAACACACAAACAAAGGGGCUUGGACCAAAGAAGAAGACGAACGCCUCAUCAACUACAUCAAACUCCAUGGUGAAGGUUGUUGGAGAUCCCUCCCUAAAGCUGCUGGAUUGCUCAGAUGUGGCAAGAGUUGCAGACUCAGAUGGAUAAAUUACCUCAGACCUGAUCUAAAGAGAGGCAACUUCACUGAAGAUGAAGACGAACUCAUCAUUAACCUCCACAGCUUACUUGGAAACAAAUGGUCUUUGAUCGCUGCAAGAUUACCGGGAAGAACCGAUAACGAAAUCAAAAACUACUGGAACACUCACAUCAAGCGGAAACUCUACAGCCGCGGAAUCGACCCGCAAACCCAUCGGCCACUCAACGCCGCCUCCGCCACUCCGACAACCGCCGCUGUUCCGUCUCCCUCCACCGCCACAGUCCCCGUGGCCACGUCGUCAUCCAACAAAAAAAUAAACAGCGACAGCAUUAGCAGCUCCAACACCACCACCAACACCACCCAUGAUGUCGUUAUUACCAACAACAAUAACAACAGCAACGGUUUUCAGUUGGUGACUAAUAGUGCUUAUGCCAACACCACAACAAAGGUUGGAACCGAUGAAGAUUCUAACAGCAGCAGCGGCGUGACCGUGGAAGAAUCGUUCCCUCACCAUCAACUCAACUUGGACCUUUCCAUUGGUCUUCCCUCUCACCAAGUUUCUUCUUCGGUGAACCCAGAAAAGUUGAAAGCGGAAGAGCAUGAUCAAAAACCGCAUGUGUUGUACCACUGGUAUGGGAACAUUACUGGCCAAGGUGUUUGUCUUUGUUACAGUCUAGGGCUUCAAAGCGACCAAGCUUGUUAUUGCAAAGGCAUGGGUGCUACUGCUACCACCACUACCAGGGUUACUACAACUGCCACAGAUAGUAGGAAAAGGUGUUUGGUGGGGAGUGGGGCCUACGGCACAAAGACAGGAACAGAAGAGGAAGCGAACAUUGAGCGGUUUGGGUAG